CAUGAAACAGUCCGGCGGAUCGUGCACAUGGCUGUGUGUAACCUGUAAAUUAUAUAUGAAUUACUUUAUAUAUCCCUAAUUUUUUUUUAUAUGUAAUGAAGCCGAAUACAGAUAAAGAAAUGAACAAUGAGGCAGAAGAUAGGACUCAAAUAAUUUUUGAAAGAAAGUCCUUACCAAUUUUUUCUGUGAGAAAGAAACUCAUCAAAGAAAUUAUUAAACAUAAUUGCAUUAUUAUUAUUGGCGAAACAGCAUGUGGAAAAACAACACAGAUUCCACAGUACAUUUAUCAAUCAGGAAUUCAGAAAGAUUUGAUAAUUGGAAUAACACAGCCUCGAAGAGUAGCAGCAAUUACUAUUGCUGAACGAGUUGCUUUAGAAAGGAAUACAGCAGUUAGUAAUUUGCUAUUACAGGUAAUUAUUAUGUCUGCUACAAUGGAUGUAGACCACUUCUCACAGUAUUUUAAUAAUUCUCCUGUAUAUUAUAUAGAAGGAAGGCAAUAUCCUGUUGAAAUAUUUUAUACUGUUAAGCCACACGAAGACUAUGUAUUUGCUGCUUUAGUUACUGUUUUUCAAAUUCAUCGAAAUGAGGAAGAAGGGGAUAUAUUAGUAUUUUGCACUGGCCAAGAAGAAAUUGAAUCUAUGGUUAGAGCAGUUAGAGAGACGUCAUUACAGUUACCAUCAGAUUGUUUACAAAUUUGUCCAUAUCCUCUUUAUGCAGCACUUUCUUCAACAAAACAAGUUGAAGUUUUGAAACCUCCUCCAAAGAGUUGUCGAAAAGUAAUAUUUUCUACAAAUAUUGCUGAAACUUCUAUAACAAUUCCAGGAAUAAAAUAUGUUGUCGAUACUGGAAUGGUAAAAGCCAAAACAUUUAAUCCUUUAUACAAUAUAGAAUUAUUAAAAGUUCAAAGAAUCUCAAAAGCUCAAGCAUGGCAGCGAACUGGCAGAGCAGGACGUCAAUCAAAAGGUGUCUGUUAUCGACUGUACACUAAAGAUGAAUAUAAUGCAAUGAAUGACCAUCCUAUUCCAGAAAUACAAAGAUGUAAUCUUGCAAAUGUGGUACUCCAGCUACUAGCAAUUGGAAUUCGUGAUAUAUUAAAAUUUGAUUUUUUAAAUAAUCCUUCUGAAGAGUCUGUUUUAAAUGCCUUAAAUCAAUUACAAUUUUUGGGAAGUAUAGAAGAUAAAGUAAAUCCAAAGUUAACAGAUAUUGGUAAAAAAAUGGUACUGUUUCCACUUCAGCCAACGUUUUCAAAAAUUCUUAUAGCAUCGCAAUUAUUCAGAUGCACUGAAGAAAUAUUAACAGUUGUUUCUAUGCUUUGUGUAGAAUCUGUUCUUGAUACAACUGGAGAGGAAAUGCUCAUUAAAUAUACAGGUACAGUUCCCACACAAAGACCACAAAUACCAAAAAUCUACACAUUUAAGUCAGAUAAUAACCCAAGCAUAUUUUGUGAAGUUCAUAGCCAAACUCCACAAAAACUAAAUGUGUGGGCCGGAAUCUUUGGAGAUCGAUUACUUGGCCCCAUUUUCCUAGGUGGUAAUCUAAUGGGAGAAAGUUAUUUAGAUUUACUUGAAAAUGUUGUACAUCCAUUACUUGUUGAUAUCGUCGAACAUGACGACCGAUACUUAGAAGACCACCUUACUUUCCAACAAGAUGGAGCCCCCCCGCAUUAUGCAAGGCCAGUUACAGAAUUUUUGAACACGGUUUUUCCUGGGCAUUGGAUCGGACGUAGAGGUCCUUUAGAAUGGCUGGCUAGAUCCCCAGAUCUUAGUCCUCUUGAUUUUUUUCUUUGCGGACAUUUAAAAAGUAAGAUCUAUGCAACCGAACCAGGAUCUCUUGAAGAAUUACGACAAAGAAUUGUAGACGAGUGUUCUAAAAUAACACCCGAAACUUUCCGAAGUGUAAGGAACCGUUUUGAGCAAAAUUUGAAAUGUCUUACAUAUGGCCUAUUUAUGAAUGUAGCUGAAUUACAAACAGAAGGUGGUUAUUUAUCUAUAGAUACUCCUCGACAGCCAGUAGCAAUCCAUCCAUCUUCAUGCAUCUUUGGAAUGAAACCUACAUACAUCAUGUAUACAGAAUUAGUGGAGACAUCAAAAUGUUAUAUGAGGUAUGAUUUUCAGAUUGACAUAAUCGUGGUCUUAUGUAUUUAGGUUCUGAUUAACCAAAACUAUGUUUUAUCAACAUGAUUAAAAUAUGAUGCUAAUUGCAUAAUGAAUUAUGAUAGUAGCUUUUGUGAUGACAAAAAAAAUGACUGCAACUGGCAUGUAGACUUUUAUAAUUGAACUUUUAUGUGGUUUUAAUAAAUUUUCAAUUAUUGGAAUUGCCAAUUGUCAGAUUCAAUUAGAUAAAAAAAUUAUCUUAGCUUUUGAAUCCCACAUAUUAAAUAAGAAUAUGUGUAUUUAAAAUAAUAAACGUCAUUUAAAUUUGUUGCAUUGUAUGAAAAUCACAAAUAUUUACUUACAAAAAAUAUUUAAUAUCAUUUUUAUAAUUUAUGAUUUAAAUGAGAAAUAUUUGCUUGAA